UCUCUCUCUCUCAAAAAAAAAAACUUCUCGUUUAUUGCUUCCCUCUUUCUGGUAACUUGCAGUUUCAUAGUUCAAUGCUAAAAAAGAAACCUUUCACUGCACUUCCUCGGCAACCGAACAUAGGAUAAGCAAAGAAAACAGAGUUAAGGGGGGAAUGGAGAAGUGUUAAUUUGAGGAUUGAAUCUUUGGUAUUGGUUUCUUUUUUUAAAAAAGAAAUGGCUAGUGGUGAUGGAAAUUAUAGGAACGGGACUCAUAGGAACUCUCUCAAAGGAACAACAACAACAGCAACAGCAACUGAUAGGCCAUUCUCUUUGAACUCCAACCCUUCAAAGCCUGCACUCAAAAACAAGUCUUUGUCUUCGGUUGGUGCAUCUUCUGGGCUAAGGAAGAGUAGCCCUGGGUCACUUGGAGGAGGUGGAACUGCCAAAGACGAUGCUGGGGGUUAGUUCUUUUUGCUUUUGUUUUAGAUCUUCGAUUAUACACUUUUCUUGGUUUUCUUG